AUUCUUACUCUUGGGGAGUAGGAUCGCUAGAUAUAGAGUGGGUGUCUUGAUUUGCUGCUUCGUGACGGAGAUGGGAAUCGCCCUUUCAGAUUCUUAGAGCACAACAUCAAAAACAAUUAGUCAAUUUAUCUAAAAUUGAGCGAAAAUGACUGCUUGUAUUGUGACAUUGGUGACGAUUGCCUUUUUUUUUCUUCUUCAACCAUCAAGCGGUGAGCAAUCUCAGGGUGGCUAUCCUCAUUCUCUUCAUGAGCGGUCAAUCCGAGAAAAGCAUUGGAAUAGCCUGGUCGGACACAUCAUCAACAAACACCAUAACGCUUUGCUGACCCACCACUUCAAGGCCAAGGAUCUAACGUGGGAAAAUUGUGGCUCCCGACAAGACUCGUUGAAAAUUCGGAGCUUAACUAUCUCGCCCCAAGUUCUCCAUUUUCCGGAGAACUUGACCGUGGACUUCGACGCCUCGCUGAGGCAAAAUGUGGUAGCACCUCUUCGAGUCAAGCUGGAACUCAAAAGGAAACUGGGACCAAUUUGGGUCAAGAUACCCUGCCAUAAGCAAGUAGGCUCGUGCACUUACCCGGAUAUUUGCGCAUUAUUACGCGAAAUCCAUGUUGAUCUACCUCCCAUCUUGCAGUGCCCUUUCGGCAAGGGCGAAUACAAGGAAACAGGUGCCAGAAUCCACGUUCCACCUGCCAAGUUGCCCAUUUGGAUGCUCUCGGGCAAAUACAGCGCCCAAGCCGAACUUUGGGACACGAAUGGUCACCUGGGAUGUCUAAAGCUCAACAUCAAACUAGCAUAGGGCUUUGACAGUCGAAAUCAGCGAAUCUACUAAGAAGCUGAAAUAAAGGAAAUCCUAAACCGUUCAAUUUUUUCCAAAUGAGCACUUUGUACGACCCCAAGACUUUGUUGAAUAGAUGGGCUUGGCCAAGUUUGAGCCCAAAACUA